GUAAACACUCCGUUGAUGUACGUAAACAACGUACGCGUGGCCGACCGCUAUACGGGCGCGCGUUCUACGGGAAUACCGGUCAGGCGGCACAGCGACGCCUCCAAUGCGGGUGCGCGGAGGAGAUGUCGGAGGGGAGGAUCCAGAUACGGUAUUGACGUUACCCCUCUCCCCCCCCCGCACACACACACACACGCGCACCAGACUGUGUACGCGAGAGAUAUUUCUCAUCACGGCGGCAGCGAACUAUAACGCAAAGAAUGGGAAGAAGGCUACGCGGUGCUUCUCACGCUGAAAGCCUGGUCGUCGAGGGACUAGCUUGCUAGCGAGCGUCGACGUUAGCUUGCUAGCAACAACAAAAACAACAACAACUGCUGCCUUUUUAUUUGUUGGCUCGCGACGAACCUCCCAGCUAGCAUCCGUCGGAAAAAUGGUGUACCUGUUGAACCCUGUAGAGAACCUGAGAAGCUACAUCAACAACCGUCCACCGCUGGUCAUUUUUAUGAUCAGCGUCAGUGCAGUGGCCAUCGCCUUCCUGACCAUCGGUUAUUUCUUCAAGAUUAAAGAGAUCAAGUCUCCAGAGUUGACAGAGGACUGGAACACCUUCCUGCUGCGCUUCAACGAGCUGGACCUCUGCGUGUCGGAGAACGAAACGAUAAAGCACGGUCUGAACGAGUCGACCACGCCGGAGAGCAUGGUGGUGACCAGCGGCCAGGCUCGCUCCAGCACCCAGGUGCCCCUCCUGCUGGACGACUCGGGUACCGUCAACAUCUCGGUCCCCAUCACCCUCACGCUGGACCCCCAGCGCCCGUUUGGAGGCUACUCUCGCAAUAUCACCCACCUGUACGCCACCGUGCUGGGGCAGCAGGUGGGCCUAUCUGGCCGGGAAGCCCACGAAGAAAUAAACAUCACUUUCACCCUGCCCGUGUCCUGGAACUCGGACGAGUGCGUGCUGCACGGCCACUGCGAGCAGGCGGUGUUCAGCACUUGCAUGACCAUGGCGGCGUCCGGCAGCGUCUUCCCGGUCACAGUGCAGCCGCCGCACUGCGUGCCAGAGACGUACACCAACGCCACCUCUUGGUACAAGGUGUUCACUACGGCCCGCGACUCGGACACCAAGUACAGUCAGGACUACAACCCCUUCUGGUGUUACAAAGGAGCCAUCGGCAAGCUGUACCACGCGCUCAACCCAAAGCUCACGGUCAUCGUCCCCGAUGACGACCGUUCCCUCAUCAACUUGCACCUGAUGCACACGAGCUACUUCCUGUUCGUCAUGGUCAUCACGAUGUUCUGCUACGCGGUCAUCAAGGGGCGGCCCGGCAAAGUGCGGCAAGCCAACCCCGACUUCUGUGCCGAGAAGGUACGGCAGACACCAGCUGUGUGACGAGGACAGGUGGCGCUGUCAGAGGGUUAAAAAAGGCCCGUUGCGCCACAACGUACCUGUAACACGGACAAAACGCAAAGAAGAAGAACCAUAAACAAACAUACCAGGCGCCUCGUGAACCCUGGAGAACACGAAAGCUCUGCGAACGCAUCACUCUUGCAAUGUUGGGUUUUUCCAACCAAAGAUAUACAAGUGCCUGUAUCUGUUGUGUACAUAUUUGUAGGAACUCUGAUAUUCUGUGCAAAACCUUAUUUUUUGUUGUUGUUGUUUAGUUCCCCCCCCCCCUCCCCCACACACACCCACCCCCCUCCCCCCUCUUUGUGCCACGUUUCAGAACACGCGGUACAUAAAACGCAGCAGAUAUCUCAAAAACUCUCCAAAUUAUAUAAUCGAUCGGCAGUUAUGUUUUCCCCCCUCAGUGUGUCUGCAAUGUCCAAAAAAAACAACUAAAAUAAUUGAUUAAUAUAUGAACAGCAAAGUGAAUGAGUCCUUCCUGUGAUCUUUGUUGACACGUUUUUACUUUGUUGUUGUUUUUUGGUUUUUUUUAUAGACAAGUUGUCACUUAAAAAUAUGAUUUUUUUUUUAUUUUUUUUUUAUUUUGUGGCUUCAUCGCUCACCUGCCUCUCGUGGAUUGUUGUUGUUGUUGUUGUUGUUUUGCUGCCUGUCACGACUUAAUAUCCAACACCCGGAUGAAGAGAAUUAUUAUCUUGCCUUACCUCCGAAGGAGAACCGAGGGAGAGAUGGUUCUUCUCCUCUCAGUAACCAACCUUCCUUCCUUCCUUCCUUCCUUCCUUCCUUCCUUCCUUCCUUCCUUCCUUCCUUCACGCUGUCGUUCCUGGAAAUCGAACUUGUGAUCUUUGUCCCGUUAACGUCAAGUUAUCGCCUGAUUUUAUUUGACGCAAAAAUCGCCAUCAGGUGCACAUGGUCAAGUGUUUUUCAUAGUUAAUGCAUAUUUCAGAUUUUCAGUCAGUUUGCUCCUUUUUGAUUAUUAGUAUUAUUAUUAUUUUAAAAUAAAUGUUUGAAGAUUGAGGUUUUUUUAAUAUUGUCAGCGACCUUCAUCUCUCCCCCCCCCCCCCCCCGUGCGAGUCCCUUAUUUCCGUCUUUGGUUCGAAAGUGCAUAUCCUAUAAUUGCAACAAAAAAAAAAAGAAGAAGAAGAAGAAAAAAAAAAAUGCCUUAACACUACAGUUUCAUCUGAGUUCACAUAUCGCAUAUUGUAAACCACGCCAGCUUGACGGGGAAUAAAUCCGACACGCGACGCUCAUUUCACGACUCGCGAGCUGCAGGAGGACUCACAUUUCCAUUUAGGGAAAUGGAUUGAAGAAGAAGAAGAAGAAGGAGAUGCUAGCUGUUGUAGUUUUUAAAGACAAAACACACGUCCUGCUGCAUUUCACCUCCUUUCUGUCACGUUGGCAGCGCUUACAGGCAAGUAUUAAGCCAACUCUGUGCCUUCUGCACUAUCGAGCUGCAUCCUCCUCCCUGUACAUACAGGACCAUAGGUUCAAUGUGGCUAUGACGUCAUUCAACACCCCCCCCCCCCCCCCCUCCUUUGUUUUCCUCUCCAGUGGAACUGCUGUAAAUUAAUUCAAGUUUAAAUAAACUGUCUCUAAAGUUC